GUUUGUGUGGUAGUGCCCUGACCCGGUAGUUCCGUUGUUUUCCCCCUCAUUUUUUUCUGGUAUUGGUUCUUGGUAAAGCGAUGGCAAACCGGACGGUAAAGGAUGCGCAUAGCAUCCAUGGCACUAACCCGCAGUACCUGGUGGAAAAGAUCAUCCGCACUCGCAUCUAUGAGUCCAAGUACUGGAAGGAGGAAUGCUUCGGUCUGACUGCUGAAUUGGUUGUGGAUAAAGCUAUGGAACUGAGAUACAUUGGUGGAGUUUAUGGUGGAAAUAUCAAGCCAACACCAUUCUUAUGUCUGACUCUAAAGAUGUUACAGAUACAGCCUGAAAAAGACAUCAUUGUGGAAUUUAUAAAGAAUGAAGAUUUCAAGUACGUGAGAUUGCUGGGUGCACUGUAUAUGAGACUAACUGGCACUGCCAUAGAUUGCUACAAGUACCUUGAACCAUUGUACAAUGAUUAUCGAAAAAUAAAAAGCCAAAAUAGAAAUGGGGAGUUUGAAUUAAUGCACGUGGAUGAGUUCAUUGAUCAACUGCUCCAUGAUGAGCGCAUGUGCGAUAUCAUUUUACCUAGACUACAGAAACGAUAUGUCUUAGAAGAAGCGGAACAGCUGGAACCACGCAUUAGUGCACUGGAGGAAGAUAUGGAUGAUGUGGAGUCUAGUGAAGAUGAGGAAGAAGAUGAGAAGAUGGAAAGGGCUCCCACACCUGAUCACAGGAGAAGAGGCUACAGGGAUCUAGAUAAACCCCGCAGAUCUCCAACUCUGCGGUAUAGGAGAAGCCGGAGCAGAUCUCCCAGAAGACGAAGUCGCUCUCCAAAGAGAAGAAGUCCUUCACCACGGCGGGAAAGGCACCGUAGUAAGAGCCCAAGACGGCAUCGAAGCAGAUCCAGAGAAAGACGGCACAGAUCAAGAUCUAAAUCUCCAGGGCAUCAUCGUAGUCACAGGCAUCGCAGUCAUUCAAAAUCGCCAGAAAGAUCUAAAAAAAGCCAUAAGAAGAGUCGCCGGGGAAAUGAGUAACUUGGACAGCACAUCUGAGCCUUCGUUGUUUGUAGAUAUGUGCUCAGAAGAUGUAUAGCAUCUCCUGCAGUAGCCAACUUUUUGUAUUAUUUUAGUAUCUUGGACAUGAUAGUAUUCUUUUUGUCUAAGCAAAGCAUUUUCAGUGUACAAUCUGUUUAAAUUCUUUUGGAAGCCAGUAAAAAACCCAACAUAAGAGAAGGAACUGUUUAAAUUCAUUACAAGACCUAUUAAUAAAGGACUGUUUAUUUGGUGUUUUUA